AUGAGCCGAGGGAGCAACAGCAUCCUCAGCGAGAUAGAAUGGGACGAAGGACUAAGUAUGCCCGUCGCAAACAGUGACAAUAAAAAGCUAGAAGAUCAGGUCCAGGUCAAACAAAAGAAGAUUGUCACAAGCAAAAAUGAUGUGGAGGAGAUUGAAGACCGACUUCAUGCCAUGUCGGAGCACUUGAAAAAUGUCAGACAGGAACUCGGUCAUACUCAGGGGUUGGUCCGGGCCAGAACAAAGGAGAUUGAAACAGAAAACCACAUGCUUCAAAUUGCUGAACGUGAGGAAGGGCGACUUCAACAAGAAAUCAGUAAGCUGGAGAAGGAACUGGAAGAGAUUAAGGAGAAGAAGAAUAUGUUUGAGAACAACAUCUUCAAGCAAACUCAGAAGCUAGAAGAGAUGAAGUCACAAAUGAACUGGGACCAGCAGGCUUUGGAAGCCUGGCUAGAAGAGUCAGCAAGAAAGGAUGAGGAUGCCAUGGCCAUACAGAAGUACACUCGUCAUGAUGAAAGUAAAAUUAAGGAAUUGUCACUAAGAAUGGUCAGACUGACAGAGGAGAGCCAGAAGAAGAGGAAGAUGCUUGAUCAUGAGACCACAGAUACUUUGACUGCCCAGAUCGAGCUGGACAAGACAGCGGAGGAUUUCAGACAGGCACAUCAGGAACGUCAACAACUGAUUGAACAGUGGGAACAUACCAUUGAACAAAUGCAGAGACGGGAUCAUGAAAUGGACCUUUUGGCAGCUCAACUUGCACGUGUAAAGGCAGAAGUCAGAAAGCGUGAAGAGUCGAUUAAGGAAAAGAUGCAGUUUCUGGAUGGAGAAGUUGAUAAUAACAAGGAGCAAGAAAAGAAGAUUUCAAUCGCUGAACGUGUGGCUGCCAGAACGAGGAUAGAGCACCAAGAGGCCGAGACCAACAGGGUCCAAUUCUCUGAUGAGCUGGAUGCACUCAAGAGAACAGUUGACCGUACUGCCAAUGACCUUGAAGCCACAAGGUCACAGGUCACACAUCUGAAGAAAGAUGUCCAGGAUAAAACUAAUAGACUUCAACAAGCAAAGGAGCUCAGAGAAACUUUGGUUGACAAGCUGAAGAUAGCAACAGAAUCGACACUGAGUGCAGAAGAGCGUGCCGCAAGAUUUGAUGAGAUGCUGCAGGAGGAAGACCGAACACAGCGUGAAAUUGAUCAGCAGCUGAAACAUUUGCGAGAUCUGCAAUUUCACAAGACACAGGAACUACAUGACUGCAAGGUCAAGGAGAGAAACAAAGAGGCAGAGAUUCAGGGGAGCCAAGCUGCCAUCAGAAACUUGAACAGCAAAAUAACGAAACUAGACACAGAUUCUCUGAAACAGCAGGAAAUCAUUUACAACCAGGAUUUUGCUGUCCAACAAGUCGAGAGGAGAAUUAAUCGAAUCCAAGGAGAACGCAGCAAUGAAGAAAAGGUCCAACUGGAAAUGAAAAUCAAGGAUCUCACUGAUGACUUGGAGCAGAAAAACAACACACACACCCUUCUUACCCUACAGCUUAAACGGCUUCAGGAUGAUAUCCGCCGCGUAAGGAGAGAGCUGGAGAAGAGUGGAGCCGAGAAGAAUGACUUUACCAGUAAGAUAGAGGAGCUGAAUCUUUACAAUGAUAGCUCGGAGCGUGAGCUACGAAACAUCAUUUCCUCCAAACAGAAUCUGAUGGUGGACCAAAAUAUACUGAAACUGGAAAUCAAGCGAUUACGUGACAUGUUACAUGGCCGUGCUGAUGAUGUUCUCAAUAUGGAGAAACGACGUCUACAGCUGGAUACGGCGAUGAAGGAGCGUAGACAUGAAAUCAGCAUCCACAGUGAGAUGCUUCAGGCACAAAUCAGGGUUGCCAAUGAGGAAAGGAGCCAGAUUAGUGCCGAGCUCCAUGAGCGUAUCUCUAAGAUUGACAAACUCAGGAAAAGAUACGAGAUUCUGAUGGUUUCAAUGGCACCACCGGAAGGUGAAGAGGAGAGGUCUCAGGCUUACUAUGUUAUCAAGGCAGCACAAGAGAAAGAGGAGCUACAGAGGGAAGGUGAUGACCUUGAUGCUCGUAUAAGGAAAGCAGAGAAGGAGAUCCGAGCCCUUGAGAACACGCUGAAACUGAUGAAUAACAGAAAUGAAACUUACAGGAAAAGUUUCAACAAAGUCACUGACCAAAGUGACGACAUGGAGGAGAAACAACAGCUUGAGGAGCAAAUGAGGGCUGUCAUGGAUAAGUACAAGUACAAACGACGCCAGAUCAGAGAAUUGCAGGAAGAUCUACAGACAAUGAGUAGUACCCUGGAUAACUUGGUUCGAGAUUCAGGUGCCUACGAGGAAAUGAUUGAAGAAAAAAAGAACAAGGUUUUACAGCUGACAAAGGAGAUCGAAGACCAGAGAGCCAAACUGGAACGAGCCAUGAAAUCUAAUUCCAAAUAUGCUAGAGAGCUUAGAUCUGCCAAAAAGACCAAAGGAGAAACACCAGAGGAGCGUGAUUUCCAUGUUAGAGAAUUGCGUGAGUUUAACAAGUCAAUCAUGUCCCAAAUUGGGGAAAUUAUACAGUCGCACCCAGACAUAGGAGAGACUGUUCAUCUUUACUUCUCACAGGCUAACUUACCACCACCAACAGCAAGAGCUGGAGCCCGACAGCCCAGUAGUGCUCGCUCUAGCUUGACUUCGGCACGAAGUAGCGCCGGCAGUAUUAAGUCACCCCCUAGUGGUAGUGGAAGACCAACGCCAGUACAGAUAGGGGCAGACUUUGGAGCAAUGCGUUCUCCAGCCAGUUCCCGAAGUUCCAGUUCCAUGUCCAGUGUACGGAGUGGACAGAGUCGGACAGGAGCAAGUUCACGACGAUAG